AUGGCAGAGCUGCCAAUGAAGCAAGAAGCUGGAGAGUCAGAUGAAGACAAAAGUUUAGGAUGUGAGGAAAACCAGCGUAAAAAACAGAGAACUAGCAAAAAAUCUCUAGCAACCAAGGAGUCUGCAUUAUUUGAAGCCAGUGUGCUACAACACAUUAGUGAUGAUGAGGAAGGGAACUUUUUUGCCAAGUUAUCUCCCUUCAAAGAGGGAAGAUACCUCCUUAAAACCAAGUUCCAUGAGGAUUUUGUUGAUUGUAUGAGAGAUCUGAGAUUGAUACAAAAUGAUUGGAAUCUACUCAGUGGAAUUGAAGGGCUAGGGAUAUCAUCUUCAGCAAUGUACUAUGUGUUGGAGUGCAGAAAAGAGAAUGAUAUCAGUGUUCAUUAUGUUGAUUUGAACAAAAUUGAAGAAAGAGAUAAGAACUUAGUGUCCUUUGGUGCCUACUGCAAAAACUUUCUUGAUAGAGCCUGUCUUAUCAUAGAUCAUGUAACCCUUUACAACAGCCAUUAUCUUGAAAAUAUCAAGAAAAUGGUCCACCAGCAAGUAAAAGAUGCUAAGUUCAUUCUGAUUGAAACUGGUUUCACUGCAGAUGCAUCCCACUUGCACUGUAACAUCUUUGGAAGAAACCAUCAGCUUGAUGAGGACAGCUCUCUGAAAAUCUGGAAGGGAUCGGUUGAAUACUUGUUUUCCCAAAGAGGAAAAACUGAAAAAGACUAUUCUAGGUGUGUAGAUCUAAAAGAAAAAGGAAAGGAAGUGUAUGAGAGAUUUAGUAAGGAGUACAUCAUGACACCAAAACUGCUGAACGAUGUUCUGGAAGAUAUUUUUGUUGGUCGGGAUAGAAAAGUGGAGGAAGCUUUUGAGAGGUAUACACAGAAAAGACGGAACAGUAUAAAGGAUUUCAGAGAAUGCCUAGGAAAUAAGGAAUUGGACAAAUUUAUCCUCCAUACAAGGUUCCUUUUGCGCUUCACUCCGGGGGAUGGGCAACACAUCCUCAGACCAGACGCUUCACGUCCAGUGGCAAUUAAUUUGUUUGAAUUGGAACAUUGCCAAGUCACUGAGGAGGAUGAAUACUGGCCAACUAUGGCCAAGGAGGGGUUUGAUGAGGGGGAUUCUUGUGUCAAAGUAAGACAUCUGUUUCCUCUUCUAGCUAAGGACUGGAAUGAGAGACUUCCAUGCGACCUAGAAAAAUUGUUUAAAUUAGACCGUAGGCCAGUUAUGUCCCCGGAGGAAAGGGUAUUGUUUGAAAGAAAACGUGCAGAGAAUAUUUUGAAGAUAUAAUUAUGCCCCCUUCGAAGAAGGGAGGGCAUACUGCUUUGCUGCUGUCUGUCGUUCGAUCUGUCGGUCUGUUAAUAAUUUCCAUUCAUUUUCUUCAUAGAGGUUGCACAUAAUGAAAUGAAAUUUGGUAUACAGAUUUUUCAAAUGAAUAUCUGGGUCAAGUUCUGUUUUGUAUAAUAUCGCACCAUUUUUGACUGAGUUAUGCCCCUUGGGCUUUAAAAAAUUCCAAUUAUUUGCAGUUUCCGUUCAUUUCCUUUGCAGUGGUUGCACAUACUGAAAUGAAAUUUAGUAUACAGAUUAAUCAGUUGAAUAUGUAAGCAAAGUUCUGUUUUGGGUAAGAUUGCAACAUUUUUGACAGAGUUAUGCCCCUCUGGACUUGGAAAAAUUCUAAUUUGGGGUGGGGAGGGGGGCAUAAGUGUUUUACAAACAUCUCUUGUUUUCCUCUAAAAAUUAUUUUAGCCCAAAUUAUUGAGAUUACAUAUGUAUUCAUGUAUAAAAGUUGACCUUGAAAUCUGAACUGUUAUGAGAAAAAUGUUGUAUAUUUUUGUAUAAAAGUGCACUUUGAAAUCUGUUCUUUACCUUGUAUAUGAAACAGCUUACAACACUUGAAUAAAUCUGUUAUGUAAGCACAGAUCAAAAUUUUCAUGGAAAUUAACUUUUUGUGAACAUUUUAUAUUCUUUCUAAACUCUCAAGAAUAAGAAGAUUGCCUUAUGAUGAGAAAAAUGAGAUUAAACAAACUUUUAGCUCACCUGAGCUGAAGGCUGAAGUGAGUUUUUCUGAUCACAUUUCGUCUGUCAUCCGUCCAGCUGUCUAGCUGUCUGUCUGUAAACUUUUCACAUUUUUGACUUCUUCUUAAGAACCAUUGGGCCAAUUUUAAUCAAACUUGGUACAAAACACCAAAAAUUGUUAAAAUAAAGGGCCAAGUCCCAUCACAAGGGGUGAUAAUCA